GAUACAGAGACUACUACCACACCGAUUUACCUGUCGAUUAUCUCUACCCGCCUACUCUCCGUACUUUCUAACACUUGUACUAUUCCGAUGAUCACGUGUUACGACUGUGGUUAGGGAAUUUAUGAACGUUAAGUUGGCGGCGCACUUGUUACGAAAAAAAAAUAUGUUUAUUAGGAUAGUUUCGCGUAGUUUCUUCAAUCAUAUGUGAAUGGAUUAUAAAUGUGAUCAAUGGAAAAUGUAUUCUUUAGGAAUUAUGACCUUAACGCGCACUCCUUGUGAGCUCGACAAGAUGAGCCUUUUCCAAGAUUUGAAAUUGAAGAGGAGGAAAGUGGAUUCUCGUUGCAGUAGUGACGGCGAAUCUGUCGCCGAUACAAGCACCUCGUCGCCCGAUCUCCUGAGUCCAUCGUCCCCGAAAAUGACCGACGCCGUUCUCAAUCCCCCGAGCCCCGAUUCCACGCCGCUUCAACUCCACCACCCAGAACCGACGCUCGAAAAAGUACCGAACCGACUAGAAGAAUCCGGCGUCUUCGAUGGAGGCGGCGGAGGGACCCCGAGCGUCAUCAAAUCUCUUCCGGUUAUAAGAUCGCACAGUCCGCCGGUACGACCCCAACCGCAAUUCAGUCCCUCGCAACCGCCCCGACCGCACAGUUCGCCCGGUCGUCCGGCAAAUAUCAGCCCCCGCACCAGUCCGGUGAUCAGACACGCCCCGCUAUUUCCGCCGACGGUGGCGUCCGCCCAAGAACCCACGUCGUCGGUUUCGUCUCGAAGCGUCAUCAUCAGUCAACAGCAACCGACUCAAAACCCGCAAUUAUGGUUGAAACAUUCGAGAAUAAACGGCGUCAAACCCGAGUUGAUCGGAGGGACGUUCGGAGUGAAAACCGAAUUAAUCGGGGGUAAUUUCAACGUUAAACCCGAAUUAAUCGGCGGAAAUUACGUCGGCGCGCCCGUAGACGUCAAACCCCCCGGUAGUCCGAUGAGUAGAAGCGGUCCAGUGCGACAAACGCCUACCGUGAUCAUGGGAGAGGCGGGCGGAGUUCGUACGAUGAUCUGGUCGCAGCCUUCGUCGCCCGCAAACGACCCGCAGCUUCAUCCGACCACCUCCAAUUGGCCCCAAGUGAGCAACACCGACGAGAGCGCGGCGCAGCUCCUGCUGAAUCUCGGCCAAGACCGACUGCGCCCCGCCAGUAGAAACGUGGUGUCGUCGCCGUCGCCGACGUCCCAAUUCGCCGGAGGAUCGCCUUUGAACAUGGAGCGAUUGUGGGCCGGCGACGUGCGGCAGUUGCCGAUCGGUCAGCAGACCCAAGCCCUCAAUCUCACCGCGCCCCCGCCGGGGGUUGUGCCCUCGAUGUACGGCCAGAGCGACGUGAAACCCUGUCCGAACGUGGAGGCCGCGCCGGGCGAGCACGCCGAACAACAACAACAAGAAGAAGAAGAACAGCCGAUGAUUUGUAUGAUAUGCGAAGACAAAGCGACGGGGUUGCACUACGGAAUAAUCACUUGCGAGGGUUGCAAAGGGUUUUUUAAACGGACUGUACAAAAUAGGAGGGUGUAUACUUGUGUGGCGGACGGGAAUUGUGAAAUAACCAAAGCGCAAAGGAAUAGGUGUCAGUAUUGCAGAUUUAAAAAGUGUAUAGAACAAGGAAUGGUACUACAAGCCGUUAGAGAAGAUCGAAUGCCGGGAGGGCGCAACAGCGGCGCCGUUUACAACCUGUACAAAGUUAAAUAUAAAAAACACAAAAAACCGUCGGCCAAACAACAAACGAAACCGAUCGACAAAAACUUACUCGGCCAUCAAUUCAAAACGGAACCGCCGCCCGGCAUCCCCUCCAAUCUAGUGAACGGCACCAUCUUGAAAACCGCCCUGACCAAUCCCAGCGAAGUGAUCCGUCUGCGGCAGCGGCUGGACAGCGCGGUGUCGUCGUCGCGCGACCGAAAUUUCUCCGUCGAAUAUUCCCUAUCGAUGAUAAAAACACUCAUAGACUGUGAUGAAUUCCAAGACAUCGCCACGUUGCAAAACCUCGACGAACUCCUCGACCACAAUACGGACCUGAGCGAAAAGUUGUGCAACAUCGGCGAUUCGAUCGUUUACAAAUUGGUGCAAUGGACAAAGAGGUUGCCCUUUUAUCUGGAACUGCCCGUCGAGGUGCACACCAGACUUUUGACGCACAAAUGGCACGAGUUGUUGGUGUUGACCACGUCCGCCUACCAAGCCAUCCACAAAGUCGCCACCGAGCAAAUGACCACCACCUUCAUCGAACCGGAUUUCUCCCAGGAGGUGGAAUCGAAUUUGUGCACGCUCCAAAAUUGUCUGAUUUCGAUGAUGGGUAGAGAAAUAACGAUCGAGCAGCUCCGCCAGGACGUGGGUCUGAUGAUCGAGAGGAUCACCCACGUAACUUUGAUGUUUAGGCAGAUCAAGUUAACUAUGGAAGAAUAUGUGUGCCUUAAAGUAAUUACGAUGUUGAAUCAAGCGAAACCUGCCAGUAGUUCGGGACCCAGUGAAUUGGAAACGAUCCACGAAAGAUACAUGACUUGCCUGCGCGUUUACACGCAACACAUGUACCCUCAACAGACGACGAGAUUCCAAGACCUUCUAGUUAGACUGCCGGAAAUCCAAUCGGCCGCCUCGCUUCUGCUAGAAAGCAAAAUGUUUUACGUUCCUUUCCUUUUGAAUUCGGCGAUUCAAAGGUAGUAUCGAAACGACGCCGGUCCCUCGGCCAGCGGCCCGUCGCCUCCCCCCUAGCUGAAUUCCCGAGAUUUAUUUAUGAAGUAGACAAACAAAUUUUUGUAUAUAAUCGAAAUAAAUCGAAUGUAGAGAACCAAAAAACAAAAAAAAAAUGAUAUUCUUGUUAUCGGUUAAAAUGAUACCUAAUGAUGAUGUGGUGAAAAGCGUCGAAACGUCGUUUUGAAAUGACUAAUUAAGGUUUACGCUCAGAGAAUAACAGACUGACAGGGGACGUGUAUUAUACGAAACUCUUUUUUUAUAUAUAUAUACAUAUAUAUACAAUUUUUUUAUAUUGAAGAAAAUUUUUAUCUGCUGUCCAUUUCGCUGAGCCUAAAUCGGACUCAAGUACAGAUCAAUCGCUUUUAUUUUACGAAUAACGACUCGACCGGACCUCGUAUAUUCGAUUUCCUCCAAAAUUCGAAAAAAAAAUCAUCGAUUUCGUAAAUUGUUGAAAUUUCAGUAUAAAAUUUUUUAUUCAAUUUCGAAUCCACCCCGUAUAUAGUUGUUUUACGCUUGAAUAGUUGUUUAAUCGUGACAAUAUUUUAUUUAAAAAAAAAUAUUUGAAUCAACCUAUGGUAAAUAAUUAUUUUUUAACCACCCUGUAUAUUAAAACUUGUUACAAUUUUGAUGUCUGCGAGAAAAACGUUUCAAUAGAUCGCAUUAUCAAUUUUAGAUAUUUUGAUAAUAAUAAAAUUUCGUUCGCUAUUGACUGGCCUACUUUUUUAACCAUGGGCGUUCAUAAUUUUUUUUCGAAGGGGUUUAUUUAUUCAAAAAAAAUUCAUCAGAUACUAUAAGAUGAAUCGUCGUGUUUAUAAUUUCUUUCAAAUCACUCUGUAUAUCAUUUUUAACACUCUUAAAGAAUUAUUUUUGAACUAUCCUGUAUAUUAUUCUAUCUAAUAAAAAAUUCAUUAUUUGUUCCAACAGAC